AUUUGUUUGACUGGUCUUUUUGUUUCUCACAUUGAACCAUUCUCUCUCUCUUCCCUCUCCUUUCCCUCUUCUUCUUUUUCUUUGUAAAGAGAGGAAGAGGGAGAGAGGAAGGUCACCGGCCGCCCCCGUCAAACGAAACCUCCUUCCUCCUUCCUUUCUUUAAUAAAAUUCAAUUCUCAGAGCCACCUGUCCAACCGGUAACCCCUCUCCCCCUCCUCACCAAUUAAAAUCACUCUUCUCUUCUCUUUCUUUCUCAAUUUUCAUUUUUUGAUUUUUUUCUUCUUCUUCUUUGUGCUCAUCGUCCUCAAAUCUCUUCUGGGUAUUCCAAGGUUUUUGGAAAAAGGUUGUGUUUUAUAAGGGAAUAAUUGAAUCGGUUCUUCCGUUAUGGCAACGUCGAGCGCAGGAGGUGCUGGAUCUAACGAUUCCACAGCUACCAGAAGACAAACCAAACGACCCAAGUACUCAAAGUUUACACAACAAGAACUUCCAGCAUGCAAGCCUAUUCUCACACCUCGAGCGGUUAUUUCAGCAUUCAUGCUUGUCACCAUCGUAUUCAUUCCUAUUGGAGUUGCUUCGUUAAUUGCCUCACACGAUGUUGUUGAAAUUGUUGAUAGGUACGAGUCACAAUGCAUACCACAAAAUGUGACAGACAAGGUAGCAUACAUUCAGAGUUCUGCAGAUAAAACAUGCAACAGGGAGCUACGAGUAGAGAAGCGUAUGAAGUCUCCUAUCUAUGUUUACUAUCAGCUCGACGACUUUUACCAGAAUCAUCGCCGGUAUGUUAAAAGCCGAAAUGAUGACCAGUUGAGGGAUUCCAAAAAAGCAAACUCAACAAGCGGUUGUAAGCCUGAAGAUUUUGUAAAUGGAACCGCAAUUUUACCUUGUGGUCUUAUAGCUUGGAGCUUGUUCAAUGAUACAUACAGCUUCUCCCGCAACAACAAUAAUUUGACACUGAACAAGAAAGGCAUCGCAUGGAAGAGUGACAGGGAGCACAAAUUUGGAAAAGAUGUUUUCCCUAAAAAUUUCCAGAGUGGUUCUAUUAUAGGUGGUGGACAUCUCGAUGAAAAAAUACCAUUGAGUGAGCAGGAGGAUCUUAUUGUCUGGAUGCGAACUGCUGCUUUGCCAACUUUUAGGAAGUUGUAUGGUAAGAUUGAGGUGGAUCUGGAGAAAGGUGAUGUCAUACAUGUGACAUUGAAGAAUAACUACAACACAUAUAGUUUUAAUGGCAAGAAGAAGCUUGUACUGUCAACUACUAGCUGGCUCGGUGGGAAGAAUGACUUCCUUGGCAUUGCUUAUCUCACUGUUGGGGGUUUGAGCUUCUUUUUAUCUAUGGCUUUUACCACUGUAUAUUUUGUCAAGCCAAGGCAACUUGGAGAUCCCUCGUAUUUGUCAUGGAAUAGGAACCAAGGAGGGCACUGAUCAGUGAAUCUAAUUGUGCUUUCUUUUGUCUUCAAAGAUUGCAAGGCUUGAUUAUUGUACACAAUACAGUGGCGGAUGUAAUUUUGUACAUCAAUGAUAUUAAUACAUACAAAAAAAAAAAAAAAAAAACAGUUCAGACAUUAGGUGUUAUUCCUUUUAAAAAGAUUAUUUUUUCUUGGGUCUUGUGCAUUAGAUUUGGAAUAUCUUGUAUUUUCUGACAAAUAGUGUCCAAUAUGAAUUAGUUACAUUUCAUACGAAUCGGGAAACACAGGAGAGUUCCUGUUUGGUAUACCUUUGACCUUCAUCUGAGUCAAAAUUGAUACUUCAUGUAACACUCUAUUCAUGA